CUAGUUUGCAGAAUAUGUCGACACAGAAGAUAACAGGGGCAGCGAGCAAAAUUUACAAAAGAGUGAUGAUGGUACCACCGCAACACUUCGACGUCAUACAUAAAAAUCUGAACGCUCAUAUGAGUUGUUCAAAGCCAGUUAACAAAGUAAAGGCUGUGUCGCAAUGGCAAGCUCUUAGAGAAACUUUUAACAAUCUUGGACUUCACACAGAUAUCUGUCCUGCAGCUCCAGGGGAAGUUGACAUGGUAUUUGCUGCCAACUCAGCGAUAGUGCUGAACAACAAAGCUCUGAUAGCGAAGAUGGCAGUGGAGCCACGAAGGACAGAAUCUGCGCACUUCGCUAACUGGUUUAGAAACCAGGGGUUCGAAGUGGAGGAACUUGAGAAGAUCGGUAAACCGUACAUGUUCUGCGAGGGUAACGCGGAGUUUAGCCCCACUCAUGAUCUGUCAAGGUAUUUCUUUGGUUGGGGACAGAGAACUGCCGAGAGUUCUUAUGAGCUUGUCUUGGACUUUUUCUCUUUGGACAAGAAGGACGCAUUUAAAGUUAGACUGAUUGACGAGAGAUUCUAUCACCUGGAUGUUAGCAUGGCACCACUGUCUCUAGGACAUGUUAUGCUCUACCCGGGAGCAUUUGACGAAGCAUCCCUGAAGAACGUAUAUGACGCUCUAGGUAGUAGAGAUAAAGUGAUCGAGCUAACUUUGGAGGAGGGUCUCCAGUUUUCCUGCAACUGUGUAUCCUUUAUCAGCAACGACCUGGAAGCAGUUGUAGUUGCUCCACAUUUCAGUGACAGACUCGGAAAUGUUUUACAAGACCUAGGGUACAAAUGUGUACAAAUAGAUUACGAUCAGUUUCUGCUCAGUGGAGGUGCAGUGAGAUGCUGUGUGGUUGACAUCGCUCAGACAAGAGAUGUGUAAAUCAUAAAACACCUGGAGUAGCUUUACAAGGACGCUUGUGACGGAUGAAACGAAUCCAGGGAAGUUGUUUGAGUAUUUAACACCAUACCACCAAACAUCUCAUCAUGUCAUGAAGAGUGAAGAGCAGGAGACCAUUGCUUGUUAGUGAACAUUGGUUAGAGAAAAUAACGAACACAUAUCAUAUAUAUAAAUAAUAUCAUACAUUAUAUACUACAACCAUACUUCAUAACAUUCUAAGUUCUUAUGUACAUGUUCAUGAGUCGCUUUAGAUGGCUUGAACUGAAUCUUUGGAUUUUGAGUUCUUUUUGGCUAUAAAGCGAUGUAUGAAUUUCUAGUUAUUAUUAUUAUUAUUAUAUUGAAUCUAAGUAUCAUAUUAUCAGUAAAUAUCAGAUAUAUAAAUUCAGUAUAGGGGCAUAUAUUUUUAGUAUAGGGGCAUUAUUAUCAACAGUUACAUUGUUUAUUAAUUAUUUCAUAUGUUUAUUUCAAUUUGACAGAUUUUAAUAAUUUUAUCAUGAAUAUUUUUGAUUUAAAACAAAAGAAUUUGUUUCAAUUUCGCCAUUG